CGAGCGGCGCCGCCCGCCCCGUCCAGCCGCGGGGGGCAGCGUCCGCGGCAGCUCGGCGCAGCGCGCCCCGGGGGGCGCCCACGGGAGAGGCUCCCACCCACGCGUGCCCGGGGCGCCCCCGCCCCUCCGCCGCCUGGCGCAGACGCGCACCGACACGCGCGCUCGCACACUCACACGCACACGCUCGCCGCGGCUGCAGCGCGCCGCUCCUCGCCGCCCCGCCGGCGCCCUCCACCAUGGCGAGCCCCGGCUCCGGCUUCUGGCCCUUCGGGGCCGAGGAGGGCUCCGCGGCCGCCGAGAGCCCCGGCACAGCGAGAGCCUGGUGUCAGGUUGCCCAGAAGUUCACGGGAGGCAUCGGAAACAAACUGUGCGCCCUGCUCUACGGAGACGCGGAGAGGCCCGCGGAGACGGGCGCCAGGGCGGCGCCGGGGGCGGCGGAGCAGCGGCCGGCCUGCGCCUGCAGCCAGAAGCCCUGCGGCUGCCAGAAGGCGGACGUGAAUUACGCGUUUCUGCACUCAACAGAUCUUCUGCCAGCAUGCAAUGGAGAAAUAACAACUAUGUCUUUCUUACAAGAUGUUGUGGACAUUUUACUUCAGUAUGUGGUGAGAAGUUUUGAUAGAUCAACAAAAGUUAUUGAUUUCCAUUACCCAAAUGAGCUGCUCCAGGAAUAUAACUGGGAACUGGCAGAUCAGCCACAAACCUUGGAAGAAAUUUUAUUGAACUGCAGAACAACUCUGAAGUAUGCAAUUAAAACAGGGCAUCCUAGAUAUUUUAAUCAACUUUCAACUGGAUUGGACAUGGUUGGAUUGGCAGCAGACUGGCUGACAUCAGCAGCAAAUACUAAUAUGUUCACCUAUGAAAUUGCUCCUGUGUUUGUACUUUUGGAGUAUGUCACACUAAGGAAAAUGAGAGAGAUGGUUGGCUGGCCGGGGGGCUGUGGCGAUGGGAUAUUUUCACCUGGUGGUGCCAUAUCUAACAUGUAUGCUAUGUUGAUUGCACGUUUCAAGAUGUUCCCAGAAGUUAAAGAAAAAGGAAUGGCAGCUAUUCCCAGACUGGUUGCUUUCACAUCAGAACAUAGUCACUUUUCUGUGAAGAAAGGAGCUGCAGCUUUGGGUAUUGGUACAGAUAGCGUGAUUCUGAUUAGAUGUGAUGAAAGAGGGAAAAUGAUCCCAUCGGACCUUGAAAGAAGAAUUCUUGAAGCCAAACAAAAAGGGUUUGUCCCUUUCCUGGUGAGCGCCACAGCCGGAACGACAGUGUAUGGGGCGUUCGAUCCGCUCAUAGCUAUUGCAGACAUCUGCAAGAAAUACAAAAUCUGGAUGCACGUGGAUGGAGCAUGGGGUGGCGGGCUGCUGAUGUCAAGAAAACACAAAUGGAAGUUAAAUGGUGUUGAAAGGGCCAAUUCGGUGACCUGGAACCCACACAAGAUGAUGGGCGUCCCGCUGCAGUGUUCAGCCCUGCUGGUAAGAGAAGAGGGGCUGAUGCAGAGUUGCAAUCAAAUGCAUGCUUCCUACCUCUUUCAACAAGACAAACACUACGACCUGUCGUAUGACACUGGAGACAAGGCUUUGCAAUGUGGACGGCAUGUUGAUGUCUUCAAGCUAUGGCUGAUGUGGAGGGCAAAGGGAACCACAGGAUUUGAAGCACAAAUUGAUAAGUGCUUGGAACUUGCAGAGUACCUAUAUAAUAAAAUCAAGAACAGAGACGGGUAUGAAAUGGUGUUUGAUGGAAAGCCUCAGCACACAAACGUCUGCUUCUGGUAUAUACCUCCCAGUUUACGCAGUAUGGAAGAUAACGAAGAAAGGAUGAGCCGCCUUAUGAAGGUGGCCCCAGUGAUAAAAGCCAGGAUGAUGGAGUAUGGAACAACCAUGGUGAGCUAUCAGCCCCUGGGAGACAAAGUGAACUUCUUCCGGAUGGUCAUCUCAAACCCAGCAGCAACUCAUCAAGACAUCGAUUUCCUGAUUGAUGAAAUAGAACGUCUGGGACAAGAUUUAUAAUAAUCAGGUGUGAAAGUCUGUUCCUGGACCUCUAAGUAGACAAUUAAGUUGUCACAAACUGUGCGAAUGUAUUUGUGGUUUGUUCCAAAGUAAAUCUAUUUCUCUAUUGUGGCGUUGGAGUAGAGUACAGUUUAAAAUCAAGAAACAUGGCUCCUUUAAAGUCCUUUCCUGAGUUUUAGAAUACCUCUUUAAUAAUUAGCUACUCAAAAAGCUGCAUUGAAACAAAUAAGGAAGAGCAGAAGAUACAUACAAUUUUCUCCCCAAUUUUAACACAAUGACUAUUUUAAAUUAAAGGCAAUCAUCAGACUGAAUGAUGCCAGAUUUGCCCGAAAUGGUGACAAAAUCAAACUGGGGGAAGGAAGAUAGUGAGAAACAAAGUAUACAAGCUGUAUGCUUAAAAGUGAAAGUAUUUUGCCUUUUUCUAAGUAUUAGAACAGAAUUUCUAAUUUACCUAUAGCAACAUUUCAAAUGUAUUUAAAUAGGUAUAGUUUUACAAAAGGAAAUAUAUAUAUAUAAAAAAUCCUAUUUUGUAAACUAAAGAUUUUAUUUUAUAUGGGUUAUAAAACUGCAAGGACAGAAGAUGAAAAUUAGCUAGGAUUCUUUUUCUUUUGAUGGAGGUGCCUCAGAUAUUUAUUACUGCUUAUUUUAAAAUGUAAGCCCACGUAUAUUUUUAAGAGGUACCAAUGCCUCAUUUCUCCAUGUCACAUGGAUUGUACAUCUCCAGGAUUGAUUACUGAAAAACCUCAAGAGUACUGCAGCUCUUAAAACCACUUAAUAAGAUCAAUUACAGUACAACAAUAGGAUGCUAUUAUUCCUAAUUAUGUUUCCCACAUGGCCUAACUGAGCAGACGCACAAUCAAUAUACAGUGCUAACCAAGACUGAAAUAAGGUUGUAUCUGGAUGGUUUCUUUGCUCUGUGUUAAAAAAGCCUAUCUAAAAAAGUCACAUAUCUGACUACCUGCUUGUGUGAUAACCAUUUCUUCUAUGACCAAUAUAAAAUUACAUUGAAAAUUAAAUUCGCCUGAAAUUCUGUAUAAAGAAAUAGCACGAAAUCUUACAGCUACAUUAGCAAGGUAAGGACUACAGGUCUGCAAGAUAAGAUCUAAAUUAAAUGUGAGUAUAAUCUGAAUGACAGUAGUGGAGGCUAAGUGACAAACUGAUUUGACAAAGGUUUCUCCCAGUCCUGGACUACGUUGUCGUUUGCAUGGGCUUUUGAAAUUGCUGGAAAAAAUGAGAUAAGGCUACCUCUGCCUAAUACAGCCCAUGCAGAGCCACACAGGUGUUUUUAGAAACCAUGGCACCACUCUUGCAGAACUCACGUGCUGCAUCAUUCCUCAGUGUUAGGAGUGACUCUGACAUGGAAACUUAAAUUCAUUCUUUUCCCCCCCAACAUCUGAAAAUGUUAGUAAGAAUUUUGUGGCUUGGGCCUGUCUAUUUGUAACCCUACUAAAGUUUUGGUUUUAACUUUGCCUAAAUGGCCAACUUUUGUUUGUAAAGCAAUAUUGUUUUGCUGUCUCAAAAAUACUUGAAGAGAAAAAAAAAGUGCAAUGUGGUUUUAAUUUCAUCUAAAGCAGAUAAAUGGAGUAUUGGUUCAAUGUAAUAUGAGGACAUGAAGUAAGAAGAGGAGAUAAAUUGUGUCUGUAAUUGUGUUGCCUUUAUUAUAUUGAUAGUACUGUUUUGUCACCUCAGAUUGAGGCUGUGCACUUUAGAUUUAAACUGUACAAUGUUGCAAAUCAACAUGUGUUGCUGUAUAAGCUUGUACAAUAUAUUAUUGAUAUGUCAUUAUUUGUGUGGUAGUAGUAGUUACUCUUGAUAUUGUAAGACCUGCACUCACAUCAGUCCUUCUGCUAUAUCUUUGCUUGAUAUUAGCCUCUCCUCAUCAGCUUUUAGGCAGACCUCUCACCUCACUUCGGUGGAUUUCCAUUGCUAUCUGCAGUGCAUAAUGUUACAAGUUAAGCUAUAGAGGAGAUGCCAAUUCUAUCAAGGACUCAAAUGUGACCUUUGCUGAACAUGUCAAAAUCAGCAGACCAAUCACUGAAAUACUGGGUAGAGCAGCAAACUGUAUUCUUCUUUCUUGCUGUGAAAAAGGCAAGGAAAGAGCUUAAAAAGUAAAAAUAGUAAAGGGACAAUGGUGAAAGCUAUCAGUAGCCUGGUUACAUCUUGCAUGUGCAACUCUGUUUUUAAAAUGCUAUGUGCAGUGUAUUUAUUAACUGUAUGUGCCAAUCCAACACUUACAUUCAGUGUUCUGUAAGAACCAGCAUUUUUUUCCACGUUACUAUGAUUACUGCAGCCAGGAAAGAGCAGCAUAGCAACCUAUUCUUGUGUUUGACCAAAGUAUCUUAUCUGUGUUGUUGACCUAAAUCCAAAUAAAAGUGUAAAAUGUGA